UUAUGAUAGUUCUUGUUAAUAAUAAUAUACUUUUGACGAGAUAAGAAGAAGUAACAUGUUAACAAUGGCGUCAAAUUUAUGCUAUAAUUCUUCUUCCUCUCUUUCUAUAAAUACCAAACCUCCAUUUCUUUCGCAACAACAUCACACGUUCCUUUCUCGCAUUUAUCCAACACUAAUAUUUCUCAAACACAAAAAUCAGAUCUCAAUCUCUAUUUCUGAUUUCAGAAUUCGCAAACACUAUUCAAAUCCACCGUUUCCACUAAUUACUUCUUUUAAGAGAAGAGAGGAAGAGGUUGAAGAAAUGACAAUCAAAUCGACAGUUAGGGUUUCCGACGGGAAACUAAUGGUGAAGGAUAAGACAAUACUAACCGGAGUGGCGGAGAACGUGACCGAGACAUCGGCGGCGACUUGCGGACCGGUGGACGGAGUUUUUUUAGGAGCGGAAAUGGAUAAUGAAGAUAGCAGACACGUGGUUUCUCUCGGAAGACUAAACUCCGUUAGAUUCAUGGCGUGUUUCCGUUUCAAACUAUGGUGGAUGGCACAAAAAAUGGGAGAUAAAGGAAGCGAAAUUCCAUUAGAAACUCAAUUUUUAUUGGUUGAAACCAAAGAUGGGUCCCACCUUGAAUCAAAUAGUAUCAUCUACACCGUUUUCCUUCCUCUUAUUGAAGGUUCAUUCAGAGCUUGUCUUCAAGGAAACGCUUCUAAUGACAAGCUUGAACUCUGUCUCGAAAGCGGUGACGUAGAUACCAAAACAACGACGUUUUCUCAUGCUCUGUUCAUCAGUGCCGGCACUGAUCCCUUCGCCACAAUUCACAACGCCUUCACUGCUGUUAGAAACCACCUCAACACUUUCCGUCUCCGUCAUGAAAAGAAGCUUCCCGGAAUAAUCGAUUAUUUUGGAUGGUGCACGUGGGAUGCGUUUUAUCAAGAGGUUACACAGGAAGGAGUUGAGGAUGGUUUACAGUCUCUCUCCGCCGGUGGAGCGCCGCCGAAGUUUGUCAUAAUCGACGACGGUUGGCAGUCCGUCGCCGGCGACACCAAGGAAAAUGGUUCGGAUAAUCCACCACUGCAGAGGCUUACAGGGAUAAAAGAAAACCCUAAAUUUCAGAACAAGGAGGAUCCUGAAUUAGGGAUAAAAAGCAUUGUAAACAUUGCAAAAGAGAAACACGGUGUGAAAUACGUUUACGUAUGGCACGCUAUAACAGGUUACUGGGGAGGGGUUCGACCGGGGAUGAAAGAAACGGAAGAAUACGGUUCAGUGAUGAGUUACCCCAACAUUUCAAAGGGAGUUAAAGAGAAUGAACCCACGUGGAAAACCGAUCCACUAGCGGUUCAAGGUUUGGGUUUAGUAAACCCAAGUAAGGUUUUUAACUUCUACGAUAAUUUACAUAAGUACCUCUCUUGGGCCGGUAUAGACGGUGUUAAAGUUGACGUACAAUGUAUUUUGGAGACACUGGGUUCGGGCUUAGGUGGUAGAGUUGAAUUAACGAAACAGUAUCAUCAGGCUCUUGAUGCUUCUAUUUCUAGGAACUUCCCUGAUAACGGUUGCAUCGCGUGCAUGAGUCAUAAUACUGAUGCACUUUAUUAUUCAAAACAAACGGCUGUUGUUAGAGCUUCUGAUGAUUUCUAUCCACGUGAUCCUGUUUCACAUACCAUUCAUAUUGCUUCGGUUGCAUACAAUAGUAUUUUCCUUGGGGAGUUUAUGCAGCCAGAUUGGGAUAUGUUUCACUCGCUUCAUCCCGCGGCUGAGUAUCACGCUUCGGCCCGGGCUAUAAGUGGCGGGCCUGUUUAUGUUAGUGAUAAGCCUGGGAGUCAUGAUUUUGAUUUGUUGAAAAAGAUGUUGUUGCCGGAUGGGUCGGUGUUACGGGCCCGUUUACCUGGAAGGCCCACUGCGGAUUGUUUGUUUAAUGAUCCGGCCCGUGAUGGGGUGAGUUUGCUUAAGAUAUGGAACAUGAAUGCUUACGGUGGGGUGCUGGGAGUGUAUAAUUGCCAAGGUGCUGCUUGGAGUGUUACAGAGAGGAAGAAUGCUUUUCACCCAACGGAUUCCGCUGCUAUUACUGGCUACGUUAGAGGCCGUGACGUUCAUCUUAUUUCCGAGGCCGUUGCUGGAGAUGGCAGUGAUUGGAACGGUGAUUGUGUUUUCUACGCUCACCAUUCUCGUGAGCUUGUGGUUCUUCCACAUAAUGUUGCUAUGCCGUUGACCUUGAAGGUGUUGGAACAUGAGGUGUUUGUUGUUUCGCCUGUUAAGGUUUUGAGUAAUGGUCACAGGUUUGCACCUAUUGGGCUUGUGAACAUGUUCAAUGCUGGUGGAUCUGUUCAGGGGCUUGUGUACGAGGAUGGGUUGGUUGGAGUUCAUUUGGAGAUUAAGGGGUGUGGCAAGUUUGGUGCUUAUUGUUCGGUUAGACCAACAAGGUGUUUGUUGGAAGAUAGUGUUGUUGAUUUCGAGUAUGACAAUGAUUCUGGGUUGCUGAGUUUUGCUAUAGAUCAUUUGCCAAAAGAGGGACAUGUUCACCACGUUAAGAUUGAGUUAUGACUUGUUAAUUGUCUUGUUAAUUAGGCUUAAAGUAGCUUUAUAUAACUAGUGCUAUUUCUUUUGCUGUAUACCGAGAUGAGAAGAGAGGAGAGGGUUUUCAAUAAUUUAAUUUCCUAUUUAUUGUGUUUUCACAUCCAUCAUUGUUUGUACUAGUUGUGAUUUGUUGUUGUGUAUCAUUCAUUAUUGAUGAGCCCUCCGUUUAUGAAAUUCCACAAGAGACGAUACUACUAUUUUGUUUGAAAUCAAAA